UGCACUGCCUACUGCUUCUGCUUUUAUUUGCACAAAUGUUCAAAAGUGUCAGAGUGGCCAGACCUGAUGGAUUACCUGCCUGAAUGCACGCUCAUGACCCCAUGGUAUUUCUGGCAAGUGCCCAUCACGUGCCUGCCAGCAGCUGCAUGUGUGAAACACAACAAUCAGAUGCGCUGCCAGUCUGGGGAGCCUGAAGUUUUCCUGAGGCAGAAGCCUGAAGAUAUUGAGGGCUGUCAUUCAGUUCACGACAGAGCAGUGAACACAUUCCUUGUGGGAGCUCUGCACCAGAAGACGUUGCAAGCCCCUUCUCAGGAGGAAAGACAAGCACAGGCUGAAACACCCAAGCUGCAGUCAGUGGCAGAACAGGGCUCCAGGAAGGAUCAUGCCUCAUCAGUGGGUGUUGGCUUUCUAAGGCACCUAAAGUACUCUGCCAGAGUAAUUAGUAGUGAUCUGAAUCAGACAUCACUAUGUACACGUCUGUCUACAGUGGUGACAUGUUUCCUCAUACAUCUGCAGUCAACAGCAUUUUUGAGGUGGACACACUCCCUAGCCUGCAGUAAUCCCCUGCCUUGUGCUUGUUGUCACUCUGCACAGGAGUGUUUGUCCCAGAUAGAUCCUCGUGUUGUCUCCAUGUUGCUCUGGGAUCCCAGGCUAGCUGGGAGCGUCACUGAAAAGUGA